AACAGAGGUGUUUCGGCCCUCCAGGACCGGAAUUGAAGAACCCUGGGGUAGAGGGUCAAUGAUGUAUAUAAUCAUUGGUUGGUCCUCGGGCUGUCCGUCUAGUGGCUCUGAGGUCCUUGUAACGUUGGGGACGGUAAAGAAUCAAUGUGAUCUGGUGAGUGUGGUGAAAUCCUCUUGCUAAAUAGUAAACUCUAUUCUGCGGUAAAGAUGGCGGCGGCAGAAGGGGCGCGCAGUGGUCGGAGCACGGCGAAACGACCCUGAAGGGUUCAUAUUUCGUAGAAACUCGGACGUGGGGGACUGAACAUUCCUGCCACGAGAUCCCACGGACCGUUGGCAGAGAGUUUUCAGUGACUUUUGCUUUAUUGUUUGAGGCAAGGUGGGUGGAUUUCACACCGAUACUAGCUAUCGAGCUAACAGCUAACGUUAGCGAGAUAGCAAGCUAGCUAGCUAGGAGUCGGUUGGAGAAAAGGGUGUUGAGGAAGACUAUUCGGAACAGGCCGCUCCAUAGUUGGGUGAUGUGAAUCAGGAGUGUGUAGGGUUGGCUAGCUUCGUCCCGAACAUCUUUACACUGAACUGCGGGGAUGGGACAACAGGUAGGCCGCGUCGGUGAGGGGGCUUCGACAGGACUCCAACCGCCACCACCGCAACAACACCCGGGCAAGGGGAACAGGGGAAGCACAGGGAGGAGACCCCGGGAAGUCAGCAGUACCGGAACGCCACCAGGCAGGGUUGCUGCCGUCAACGUGCCGGACCCAGCAAUUAAUAUAUUCACCCAGCAUUCAGAGGCCCUCCACCGGCCCUUCGGCCUGGACUCUGCAGCAUUGACGGAGGCGGUACGCUGGAGCUCCAAGGAGAACCUGCUGGGUGCUGCCGAGAGCGAUCCCAACCUCUUUGUUGCACUUUAUGACUUUGUUGCCAGUGGCGACAACACGCUGAGCAUCACGAAAGGUGAGAAGCUAAGGGUGCUCGGUUACAACCAGAAUGGGGAGUGGAGCGAGGUGCGCUCGAAGAACGGCCAGGGCUGGGUGCCAAGCAACUACAUUACGCCCGUCAACAGCCUGGAGAAGCACAGCUGGUACCACGGGCCUGUGUCGCGCAGUGCAGCAGAGUACCUGCUCAGCAGCCUCAUCAACGGCAGCUUCCUGGUCCGGGAGAGCGAGAGCAGCCCAGGACAGCUGUCCAUCUCCCUGCGCUACGAGGGACGCGUCUACCAUUACCGCAUCAACACUGCUUCAGAGGGCAAGGUGUACGUCACGGCAGAGAGCCGCUUCAGCACCCUGGCCGAGUUGGUCCACCACCACUCCACCGUGGCCGACGGCCUGGUCACCACACUCCACUACCCGGCACCCAAGUGCAACAAGCCCACCGUCUAUGGUGUGUCACCCAUCCACGACAAGUGGGAGAUGGAGCGCACCGACAUCACCAUGAAGCACAAGCUGGGUGGGGGGCAGUACGGAGAGGUGUACGUGGGAGUCUGGAAGAAAUACAACCUCACCGUCGCAGUUAAAACACUGAAGGAGGACACUAUGGAGGUGGAGGAGUUCCUGAAAGAGGCAGCAGUCAUGAAGGAGGUGAAACAUCCCAACCUGGUGCAGCUGCUAGGUGUGUGUACGUUGGAGCCUCCCUUCUACAUCGUGACAGAGUACAUGCCCCACGGCAACCUGCUGGACUACCUGAGGGAGUGUGACCGGGAGGAGGUGAACGCUGUGGUACUGCUCUACAUGGCCACGCAGAUCUCCUCCGCCAUGGAGUACCUGGAGAAGAAGAACUUCAUCCACCGGGACCUGGCGGCCAGGAACUGUCUGGUGGGGGAGAACAGCGUGGUGAAGGUGGCUGACUUUGGGCUGAGCAGGCUGAUGACUGGGGACACGUACACAGCCCAUGCCGGAGCCAAGUUUCCCAUCAAGUGGACCGCCCCGGAAAGCCUGGCCUACAACACCUUCUCUAUCAAGUCUGAUGUGUGGGCUUUCGGUGUGCUGCUGUGGGAGAUAGCGACGUACGGUAUGUCUCCGUACCCAGGUAUUGACCUGUCUCAGGUAUACGACCUGCUGGAGAAGGGCUACCGCAUGGAGCAGCCAGAGGGCUGUCCACCUAAGGUCCACGAGCUGAUGAGGGCCUGCUGGCAAUGGAGCCCGUUGGACCGACCCUCAUUUGCCGAGACCCACCAGGCCUUUGAGACAAUGUUCCACGAUUCUAGCAUCUCCGAAGAGGUAGCAGAGGAGCUGUGUAAAACUGCCGCUUCUGGCCACGGCCCGUCACCGCACCCCUUCAGCCACGACAUGCCGCUGCUGCCCUCCAAGUCGCGCACACUCAAGAUGCACGCGGAGAACAAGGAGAACAUCGAGGGGGGUCUGGAUGGCAGACAGGAGCCCAGCACACAUGGCCCCUCAGGUCUGGCAGCCACUCUGCUGGCAGGGGAUGGCCGGUCAGGCAGCUCUCCUGCUCUGCCUCGGAAACAGAGGGACAAAUCCCCCAGCAGCCUCUUGGAGGACUCCCAGGAGACCACGUUCACACGGGACCGCAAGGCUGGCUUCUUCAGCUCCUUCAUGAAGAAGAAGUCUCCCUCAUCCCAGCUGCAGCAGAGCCUGCCCAUGCCGCCCAAGAGGAGCAGCUCGUUCAGAGAGAUGGAGACCCAGCCUCACAAGAAGUAUGAGCCCACGGCUGGCUUCAGUGUCCCUCCCCUUCCCCAGGCUGACGGCCUGGGCUUCUCACCGUCCCAUGGAGAGGGGAACCACGUCCAGUCACGCUGCUGUGGGGCCACUUUUGGACAAAAGUCCUCUGCCAACCACAUAUCUGGGGCCCCGCCCUCGCAGGUGGGCAGUAGCAGCAGCUGGGCAGGCCUGGCAGGUUUCUUCACCCCCCGCCUCAUCAAAAAGACCUUAGGGCUACGGACUGGCAAGUCCACUGGGACCGAAGAGGGGGGUGGGGGGACCAAGCCAUUCCCCAGGUCCAACUCUACCUCCUCCAUGACUGCAGGGCUGCCUGACCUGGAGAGGAUGGCUCUGACUUUACCCAGAAACCGCAAUAAACCUCCUCUAGAGCGCACUGCCUCCACCACCUCGCAGCCUGAGAACGGGGCAGCACACACCUCUGAGACCCUGCUCCGUAAGAUGGAUGAGGGCACAGCUCAGAUCAGGGACCGGCCUAAAGCCAAGCUGCUUCCCCGAGGGGUGGGGGGGAGCUCUGGGGGGGUGAGGGCACCUGGGGUUGGGAGUGAGGCCGAUUUGGAUUGUCACUCGGGGGCUCUACGGUGUAGGGAGGGUCAGGAGGCAGGAGGACAGGACCGACAGGGAUGGACGUCCCCCUCCAAAACAGUGGGAUCAGGCCCGUCGGCGGCACCACACAACCACAAGGUUCCAGUGCUGAUCUCGCCCACACUCAAGCAUAGCCCGGCCGAUGUGCACCUGGUAGGGAUGGACUCUCAGGGGAACCGCUUCAAACUGCUAUCGGAGCACCAGGCAGACCGGGACCGACCACGACUGGUCAAGCCCAAAUGUGCUCCCCCUCCCCCUCCAACCCUGCGCCUCAUUGGGCACUCCUACAGCGGGGAUGGAGAGGAGCAGGUCGUAGGGGCUGUGGAGGUCAACGGUGAUGGGGUGAAAAGACCGGGACGAGCAAGGGAAGUGGGAACAGGGAGACCAUCAGUGCCACCACCACAAGUGCCUCCACCACCUUUAGCCUCCUCCUUUUCCUCUGCCAACAACACUAACACUACCCCCACUAAGAUGGCCAACGGUGCCACCAUCACUGCUUCUUCCACAGCCCCCUCUGGUGGCUCUAAGCCUCUGCGUCGGACUCGACAGCAGGCUGAGCGGGUUCAACCAGAGAAGAUCAGUAAGGAGGCUCUGCUGGAGUGUGCCGAGUGCCUGAGAGGUGCCCUCCACAGCAGCCCCGAGCCCUCCUCCAGCAGCCAGGUCCUAGAUGCUGGCCACCAGCUGCUAGACUACUGCUUUGGCUACGUGGACUGCAUCCCACAGAUGCGGAACAAGUUUGCCUUCCGGGAGGCCGUGGGCAAAUUAGAGCUGAGUCUGCAGGAGCUGCGGGCAUCGUCCUCCUCUGGAAUCGGAGGGGCAUUCAGUGGCCCAGGACCUAGCCCUGCUCUGGACAACUUGCACAUCUGCAUCAAGGAAAUCAGUGAUGUGGUUCAGAGGUAGCCAUCGGACCCUGUCAAAACAUUUUUCGUUGUAUUCCCUUUUUUAUGUUUCUGGUUGUAUUAACAUUUUGGGGACCGAGAACAAUCUCAAAAGUACCUCAGAAAAUCACUACAAAUUGGAUAUCUUAUUGUUUACAGUGGAAUCUUUCUCAAAAAUGCCAGUGGAGAACACUGAUCUAACCUUUGUACAUAAACAUUGUUGAUACCAAACUAGAUGUGGUUCAAUUUACACCAAGUAACUGUUUUGCCCCAAGUUCAAACUUUUCCACCAGGUUUUAAGGCCUUUCUUUUAACCGAAUGUGGAGUAAAUCAGCCAUGUAUUCAGUCCCAGAGUGUUGGUAAAGAACAAAGUCAGUUUGCAUAUGUGUCAUAGUCAUCAUAGCCAUAAUUAUUCUCCACUUUGUUUCUUGGCUGAGUUACUAUCUUUGGUUUAUUCUCCUGGCAACUAUGAAGAGUUCCUGUGACAGGAAGUCACUGUUCAAAACUAUUGUCACCUGGAAAAUAGAUGAGUGUUCCACUUAAUCAGGUCUACUUUCUGCCAUUUGAUUUGGUUUGAUUAUUUCUGGAAUAUUUUCACUUAAAAUCGGAAUGGAAAAUGUGAGUAUUUUAAUAUUUAUGUCCAAAUUCCCUUGCACAUUUAUCUAAAAUGUUCGGAGUUUAUGAGAAGAGUGAGGCGAGCGCAAGGUAGCACAUGGGCAGGUGGUUUGGGGCAGUGUUUCUAAGUGUCCUUGGACAGUGUUGAAUUCCCUGUGGCCCUUUCCCUCACUGCCUAUAGAUUCUUAAAUUAUUGAAAAUCUGCAAAUACAGCCACUCCCUGACAAAAUACUAAUCUCAACGCAAACUGCGGUAUGUCUCUAGCAAAUGAGUGAUUUAUUUGUACAUUAUUUGGUUUUAACUUUAGAAUGUCUUUAUGUAUGAACUUGAAUUUAAAUUAAUUAUAGUUUUUUAUUAAAAGCACAGACAUAUUUUUAAAACGUUAUGUAAAUAUUUGCUUAAUUUCAUAUCCAGGAAAAGGUUUAAGGUCACGUUUGCUUGGAUAAGUAUUUGACUAUGAAAAUAAACAUUAGUAGAAAGUUUAUUGCAGGACUGAGGCCCCCAACCCCAUCUGAACAUCUGCAAAAUGAAUGUAUUUUUUUUUCUCGAUCAUGUAAAUGUUGGACCGUACACCUGUAAGAGUUUUGUUAUCAUCUUCCUUUGAGAAGAUGAGGUGUUUAAUCUGUUGAAGUUCUCUGGUCAUUUCAAUACCAACAUCAGUGUUCUGUUUAUGAUGAGCACUUUGGGGCCACAUAAAUGAGUGAAGAUGACUAAUAUCCCUUUUAGACGCUUUUUGAUCAUCUCUACGCAAACAUUUCCAUUUCAUAUUGUUGGAAGUCAUUUCAUCCUGUUUGUUGUAUUGUGCACAAAUAGCAAGUGUCACCCGUGCCUGCAAUCCUUUCUCUAUAAUAAUUUGGCUAAUGUAUCAAGCAAUCAAAACAAAAAAAGCUUGCUUAUAACGGUGUGUCCCUCGACUGAAAAUUCUCCUAAUGCCCACUUGAGAUGUUGGAACCGUUGGUGUACACUGGAUAAAGCCUAUGAAGUAGUAGACAUUGAUUGGUAUAUUGCAUUUCGUCUUAGUAUAAACUCUAGUAGUGCCAUUUGACAUCCAAUAUUUUUUCACAGUUCAUUCCAUGUCUGUUCUGUGGUACACAACCCAUCUAAUCCAGCAGAUGAGCUUCAGUGUCUCUGGUCAUUCAAACGUCGUCUUGACUAAUAGGAUGUCAUGAAACCAAUUGUUUCUUUACACUGUGAGGUUCCAAAUUAUAUAAAGGUAUUUCUUUUUAUUUUCUUGCUACUGGAUACAGCAAUGUUUUUCCAAUGAUUCAUGGUGCCUUUUGUGAAAUAUAUUGUAUGUAUAGUGCACUACUAAGUCAAGAAACGGAUAUACAGCGACGUGUAAUUGUAAAUAUCUUGUGCUUUGGUUUUCAGAUGACACAUUUUGCCAUGAGAUUGUGGCCAAGUAUAAAUAUCACUACAACAUACAUUUAUAUUACUGGGAGUAAAUUAAGAGUCUAACUUGAAAAUAAAAUGUGCAAUUUGUCUCCUAUAUUAUAAUAGAUGGACUGAUGGUCAAAUACAGCUUGUUCUUGGUCUGAUAGUGGUCCAUACUUGUGAUCCCAUAUAAUUCUGUCUCUGACAGUUGCAAAAUAAGUGUUUUAUUUCCAACAAACUACACAAACAUGAGUCUGGUGCACUUCCCCAAAGCUGCUCUGUAGUAUUAAGGAUCUGAACUAUUAAACUCUCUGCAUCCUCCA